GUUUCUUGGCGGAAGAAAAACAAGACGGAACUUCCGUUUUUGUUUUCUCUCGUGGAAAUAAAAAAGCGGAGAAACUUGGAAACAUCAGCCGCAGACACCGAUGAUGAACCUUGGCGUUUAAUGGAAAGGAAUACGUGAACGUUUCAGUGAGUUGUGGUGGAUGGCUGCUUAUACUGAGCCAGGAUCCUCUGGAGGUUUCUUCCUGUUAAAAUGGAGUUUUCCUCUCUACUGUUGCUAAAUGCUUGUGUUCCCUGUAGAUGAUCAUCAGAUGAUGUUCAUUAAAGAACCAGCAUCUGAGGAAAUGAAGCCUGGUGUGAACCCUAAGGACCUAGAGUCUGUCAGCAUGAAGGAGGAAGAGGAGGAGCAGCUUAUUGGGUUGGAUGAGACUGAUGCAACCAGGAUAUUAUUAAUCGUAGUUUCUUGUCCAUGUGAAGAAGAUAAAGUUUUCCCUGAACAGAUGAUGUUGGUUGAAGAACCAGCAUCUGAGGACUUAAGGCAUGGUGUGAACCCGAAGGACCUGGUGCCCCUCAGCAUGAAGGAAGAGGAGGAGGAGCUUAUGGGGAUAGGGCAGCCUAAUGCCACCAGGCUGCCACCCAGAGUGGUUUCUUGUCAGUAUGAGGAAGAUAAAGUUUUCCCUGCAGAUACUCAACAGAUGAUGAUAUUUAAAGAAUCAGCAUCUGAACAAUUGAGGUGUGGCGUAAACUCGAGGGACCAGGAGCACCUCAAGAUGGAGGAUGAGGAGCAGCAGCUUAUUAAUGAGGAGACUAAUGCCACCAGAAUGCCAUUCACAGACGUUUCUUGUGCAUGUGAGAAAGAUAUAGGUAAAGUUCUGUUGUCCCAGUGUGAUGAGCACCAAACUAAAGACAGAGAUCUUCUAACCAGCAGCUCCACCGACCAGAUGAAAGCAAUAAGUGGUAGAGAGGAUUGUGGAGGAGCAGGUAAUACCAGGAAUCCAUAUCAAAAUCCUACUGCAGACGAUUCCUGCUCUUCAGAGACUGAAGUGAGUGAGGAUGAAGAUAACCAGGAUGGGAAUAAUUCUGACAACAAUUUAGAUUCAACUGGGAAAGUAGAAGCAAAACAAAAAUCAUUUACUUGUAAUGACUGUGGUGAAGGAUUUAGCAAAAGAUCUAAUUUAUACAGACAUAUGAGAGUCCACACAGGACAGAAACCUUUUGCAUGUAAGGUCUGUGGACAAAGAUUUAGUCAGAAGACAAGUUUAAACAGACACACGGCAGUCCAUACAGGACAAAAACCUUUUGCUUGUAAUCUUUGUGAACAAAGAUUUACCCGAAAGACAAGUUUAAAUGAUCACAUGACAGUCCACACUGGACUUAAACCUUUUGCUUGUGAUUUCUGUGGACAAAGAUUUAGACAAAAGAAGAAUUUAAACUCGCACAUCACAGUCCACACAGGACAGAACCCUUUUUCGUGUGAGAUCUGUGGACAAGGAUUUUCCCAUAAGAAACGUUUAAACAGUCACAUGGCAGUUCACACGGAACAAGAAUCGUUUACAUGUGAUAUCUGUGGACAAAGAUUUUCUUGUAAGAAAAGUUUAAACAGUCACAUGACAGUCCACACAGGACAGAACCCUUUUGCUUGUGAACACUGUGGAACAAUAUUUAGUCAAAAGAAAAAUUUAAAUGCCCACAUGAAAGUCCACACAGGUCAAAAUGCAUUUGCCUGUCAUCUCUGUGGACAAAGAUUUUGUCAUAAAAAAAGUUUAAAUAGUCAUAUGACAGUUCACGCAGGACAGAAACCUUUUCCUUGUGAGCUGUGCGGAAAAAGAUUUAGCAAAAAGAGAAAUUUAAACAUACACAUGAUAGUCCACAAAGAACAGAAACCUUUUGCUUGUGAUCUCUGUAAACAAAGAUUUACCCGAAAGACGAGUUUAAACAGUCAUGUGUUAGUCCAUACAGGACAGAAACCUUUUGCCUGUAAGCUCUGUAAACAAAGAUUUAGCCAAAAGAGAAAUUUAAAAAGACACAUGGCAGUCCACACAGAACAGAAACCAUUUGCAUGUGACCUCUGUGGACAAAGAUUUAGCGAAAAGAGAAAUUUGAACACACAUAUGACAGUCCACACAGGGCAGAAACCUUUUGCUUGUGAUAUUUGUGGAGAAAGAUUCAGGCACAUGACAAGUUUAGGCAGACAUAUGAGAAUCCACAGAGUAACCUAAGCUGUCAAUCAAAUACAAGGUUCCUCUUGUAGUGUUUACAUAUCAGUCUUGUACCUCUACACUAGAGAGUCCAUUAUUACACUGGAUAUCAGAACAAACAGACAUACUCAACAGUGCAUUAAAACAGCAUCAUGUCCUGCUUUUCAAACAUCUUGCCUUACUUUUUCUUGGUAAAAAUCAACGCUGUUUUCCACUGACAACGCAGUAAAGACGAAAGCAUUUCAAAGCUCAGCUUCAGCUAUUCUGCCUUUGGUAUCAAAGAGGUAUUUUUAUCUUGAGAGGUGCUAUAUAAGAGAAGGGUUUCUUUCUUUCUAUUAAUCUUGCAAUUCAAAGUGAAGCAACCACACCACCAAGAUUCUGUUUGUACAGUUUCAAGAGUUGUAGUUAGUUUUUGUAGUGUAGAAAUGUGUCUUACCAGUGGUUUAUACUUUGUGAUUUACUUAAAUAUAACUACAGACCUCUUCAUUUGCUUAGUCAGUGGUUCCAGGUUUGUGUGAAUUAAAAUAUGAAAUGAAAACUUGCUCUUUUAGGAAAAUAUUAACAGUUGAAGAUUAAAGAUGCCCAAAACUUCCCAAAGGUUUAGAAUCAUUUGGGGUUUAAACAAAACAAACAAACAAACAAAAAAAGCAUAACUAGCAAACAGAAACAAUAAAAAAUGGCCGGUUUAAUAGGGAUGUCCGAUGUUAUCUGUCCCCCUUUAAUAUUGGCCCAUAUUGUCAUUAAAAUAUAAUAUCGGAAAAUAUCAUUUUGGUUUUUACUCUUUUAAUGACACAACUUUUUCUUACCGUGCACAAUUAUACAUCCAACUCUCCAGCUACUUCUCUCAAAAUGUCUUAUAUGACCGAUCUUAGGUAUAGGUCUGCUUUUCAACAUUUGUCGUUGUACUACUGUGCACAAUGUAAAAAUUAUAAUUAAACAGACAUAAUUACGGUAUAUAAAAAUAAUGAUAAUACUGUUGGGUGCAGACAGCUCUGGCUGAGAUAGGAAGAGACUGAACAAGCUAAGAAAACUAGCCUGAUUCUGUUGAGGACAUGUGUGAAAGGAGGAUGUUGGUGAAGCUGACCACCAUUUUGGGAAACCAUUCCUACUCACUGUAUGGACAUCUCCUUUACUGAUUGAGACAUCCAUAAAAUUUAACUCAGGUGUGAAACACCAUAGUUGGGUUAUUUUUAUAACAAGGGGGGCAAUUACUUUUUCACACAGGGCAAUGUAGGUUUGGAUUUUGUUCUCUCCCUAAAUAAUAAAAACCAUCAUUUCAAAA